CAUUAAAGUAAAUAAAGUGCGUUUUUUUUUUAAUAGACAUACAUGUAAAGCAGUGUGUGCUCAUGUACAGCUAGAGACAUGUGUUGAAGUCGAAACAUUUGUGAUUCGAAAGUAUUGAUUUUACGCACCACCAGAAUUUAAAUAAAUUAGCAUUGCCCGACCGAUGUAGACCGACAAGUCAACUUGAUACCAAACGCUAAAGAUUAAUAACCAGUUUUAAUUGUUAUUAAAUAAUAAACGAAUGCGACAUUUGUAAGUAUUACUGGUUGCCUAACCGUCUACGUUAAAAUGGUGGAGGCGCCGGGUUAUCACUUAAUUCAUCAAAAUUAAAACAAUAAAAUGCAUACUUACGUGUCUUACAUCCGCGACGACAACUCCUUCCGCUCGUACCGACUCAACAGCCAAAACCCCAUCGAAUUGGACUACUUCCAGGUGAAAAAAGAAAAGAAACUUUUAACAGCGGUCGUGCGAAAUAACGUCCCCACCAUCAGACAACUCCUCAACUCCCCGAAAUGGUACCACGUCACCGACAAACACGGCUUGAACCUCCUCCACAUCGCGAUUCUCGAAAAUAGUAAAGAAGCUUUCGAUUAUCUACUAUCUUUAGAAGACUUUCCUUUGGAGAUGGUGAGCGACUAUGGCGAAACCGCUCUAAUUACGGCAAUUUUAGUCAUAGAUAUAGAUAGGCACGGAGGAAUGAAGCUCGGUAGUGACUACUUCGCCUUACAACUCAUACAAAGGGGCGCCGAUAUUUUUUAUCGGGACAAUUUCGGCUACACCACCUUGUCGUGUGCUUCCUUGAAGCACCACGUCAAGAUGGCGGAAGAUUUGAUCGAGAGAGGGGUGUGUUUAGACCACCAAGACGUGUACGGCAACACUGCUUUACAUGACGCUUUGGACCAUGAAGGUCCAGAUGCUUUGGAGUUCGUUUCGUUGUUGCUGUACCAUGGAGCUGACCCUAGAAUACGAAACAAAGACGACUUGAACCCUUUCGAAAAGUCGGUUUUGCACUGCAGUGACACCGUUCUUCAAGAAAUUCUCUUUUACUACACUUACGACGAGUACACAGAGUUGGCCACUCAUUUGAGUGUUUUACUCAGGCUAGCACAGUACGAGUCGUCUCUGCUUUUGAUGUUUGAGGGUGCGGUGAUUGAUGAUUUUUCUCGGGGGAGUUACGGGCAGAUUUUUUACAUAGAUGUGGAAUAUUUGAAGAUUUUGAUUAAGAGGUUUGAGGGUGCUAUUAACACUGUUCUUCCGUUAUGUACUCUGUAUGAGUGGUCGCGGAACGCGGUUUCGUUUGAGAAGAUAGAGGUUUUUAUAAAUAGUAGUGUGAAGAGUGGAAUGGUGGCUUGUCUUCAGAAUGAGGAGGAUGAUCUAGUGUUUCAACACCUCAUCGACUGUGAGUUGGAUGAGGGUGUUUUGAGUGGUGUGGUGUGUUACUUUUUGUCGUAUGGUUUGAAUCUCACUGAGAGUGGUUUACAGAGGAUUUUUCAAAAGUUUGGGUAUUGCGAGUUGUUUAAGAUUUUGUUGCACAUGGAUGUCGAAAUGGUUGUUGACUACGACAAACAGAUAAUGCCUACGUUGAUUUACGAUAUCACUUUAGAUCUAGACGGUUAUCUCGAAAAUAUCGACAACUACUCGAGUGAGAACGUAGAAUAUUUGCUGCGAUUUUUUGUUAAUAGAAGACUGAAUGAGCUGUGUUGGAACAUGAACGUGGAGGAAAUCAGUCUCCGAAUUUGUAGUUUGCCCCAAGUUCCACUUCUAUUAGAACUUGCUAGGAACGUCUUUCGUCAGUACUUUAUAGAUAAGUUUGAAAUUCGUACUUCCAGACGGUUUUACACCCUUUUGAAUAAUUUGAAUAUCAGUAAUGUUUAUAAGAAGAUCGUAACAUAUGAAAAGGCUUUGUAUUAAAAUAUGCCAAAGCUUCGUCGUGCCUUUGUUAUAAAAAACAUCAAAACAUACCGCCGUUUUUGACUCCAAUGAACCAUUUUAUUGAAUAUUGGACCGAUUUUUGUAAGUUUUGCUUCAAUUAUACAU